AUGGACCCAAUAUUCGACUACUGGAGCGGUGUAGCCGCGUUUUCCCAAACCAUAGCGACAGUUGGUGGAGUUAUCAUGAACCUAUCCUUGUUUGUAUGCCUAAAGCUUGUACCAUUGGGCGAGUUGAAAGUGUUUGUACCACUGAUUAUCGUACAUUCAUCAAUCGACUUGACUCAUGUGUUUCUUAAUGCUAUUGGAGUAUUGGUAAGUAUAGUGUGUUUGGUAUGGCCUUGGGGAUGGAUUGGAAUUUAGAUGAAGGCUAGGUGAAAAAUAAGAUGCACGAUAGGGUAGGGUAGGUAUUCGUAGAGCACGGUGGGACUAUAAUAAGGUUAUCGGCCAUUUUUUCAGUCCAGUGCCCCAAAUCUUAUAAAUAAAACGAUAUAUUUUGAACCGUAUUAUUAUAGACGAGUUAAAGUUGUAAAUUUCCAAAUAUACAUGUAACCUCAAGAAGAGAAUGACUUGAUACACAUUUGUCGAAUGGCAUUUAAAGUAGAAAUAUAAUUGUAGUCGUUUAAUAACUUUUAUAAUAAAAUAGAGUAAAGAAACAUUGCCAAAUUAAAUGCUUUGCAGACAUUUAAUUAUACCUUCCUUACAAUUUAAAUUGUAGUUCUAGGUUACAAAUUAAAAAUUGAACCUAAAACAAAAAUUAAAGAAGUGUGUAUACUGUAAAUAUAUAAUAUAUAGCAGUCCAAUUUUAGAGAGCAGUCAUCCACGAUGGAAACCUAUACCUAAUUCUAACCGGCGCUCUUUCCGGAGCUUCUGAACCUUGGUUUUCAGUGUUGUUGAGUUCAUAUUUUUGGACAAUCAUCCUUGAGGCUAUGAUAUGCACUAUUAGCCUGUUUUAUCGCUUCUUGUUGGUUUCAAAGUGAGUUUUACAUUAUCAGGUCAACUAUAACAGGCCCACUAUAUUCAAAUGCCUUUUUCCGUAAACUUUCCGACCAAAAAACCUCUUUUUAGUCCCAAAAAUCGUAUGUUUUGGAAGCAAAUAAUUGAUCGCAUAUUUUCUUCCAGAGGUUUCAAACCUACUGUGUUUCUUGUCGGUGUUCUCACAUUUUUAUCAACCUUGUUAGCCAUGAUGCUUGGUCUAGUUUACUUCUUCGCCUUGGCCGACUAUGGCACAUCAGAUGUUGAGGGAGCAAAAGCAGGCGAACUAAUGCGACAACAUGCAUUUUGGAGAAAAAAGGUUUUCGACUAUGCGGUGGUUAAUACGGUAAGCUUUGUUUUAAUUGAUAUAGCUUCUGGUCUAAGCUUGAGGAAAUUGGUACGCGAGGUGGGAAAAAAAGUCGGCUUGAAAACUGAAUUUCAAAAAUAGCUUUUAACUUUAAAAAAACAUUGUUAACUUUAACAGUGAAAAAAAACCUUUUAAAAUUCUCAAUAUGUAAAUUUUCAGCACCACAGCCAAGUCAGAGUGUUCUUCACCGUUGUCAUUUUGAUUUGUGUAGUUUGUUACACAGCUAGCGGCCUUUUUGCCAUGAAAAUUCGACAAGAUAUAAUGAAGAAAAGAGCGGCCGGUAUGCAAAACACAGCCACUAUUAAAGUCAACCAUGCUGCUGAUAGGCUGCUUAGGGUCAAUGUAAGUACAACAUGUCAUGGUUUUUAAAAGGGUUCGGAAAAAUUCAAAAACAUAAAACUUUUAUUAUAAAUAAAAUGGAAAAUAUCAUAUUUUGCUUACUGUAAGAGAGUAUGAUCAUCUUUCAUUUUGGUGAUAAUGAAAGUUUACAUAUUUUUAAAUUUUAAAAAUUUCACUCAAAAAUUUUUCUAAACUAGAAUAACUUCCAUCCUUUCAGAUUUUUGUCCCGAUAAUAUUCUACUUAAUCCCAGUCCUAUUCCUCCUUUUUUAUGCCAUGUUCGACGUGAACCGGCCCAAUAUUGGUUAUAUCAUUUCAAUUCCUUAUUGUUGGAUGCCUGCAGCCAAAGCUUUGGGUAUUUUAUUGGUAAUGCCAUCAUGGCGACGAGCUGCUCGUCAAUGGUUGAAGGGUGAAAACGACCGGUCGAGACGAGGGUUGAACCCUCGUGGCCAGACCGUUCAUCCCAAAAUCUCGCAUAUCGAGGUUUCACAAACUUCUACAAAGGAUCCAAGUACAAGAUACUAG